ACAACAACGUCCCAUUUUUCUAAGACAGUCCAUGGUGCCCUCGCGGUGUCCAAAACGAACUAACCCCGCAGCUUCCCCUGACCAAUGAGAGUUGCGGGUUUCACCGGGACGCGUCGUACGUCACAUAUGUGUGUUGUGUGUUGUGUCGGUGCGGACGGGCGCCUCGUCUGCUCCUCACAUGUCGCUGGCCUGUCGUCCUUCUGCGAUAACACCGGCUCAUGAGAAGCGAAACGUGGCCGUCUUCGCGGGGGGAUACGCCAUCCGGAACCGAUCGGCACUGUCCGCGUGAAAUAGGGAAUGAACGACGAGACAGCGCCGGACAGCUGGAAGAAAAACUCCGGGUGCUCCAGUAUUGAGCAAAUGCUGGCUGUGAAUCCCGGCAAGACGCCCAUCAGUCUGCUGCAGGAGUAUGGAACGCGGAUAGGCAAGACCCCAGUGUAUGACCUGCUGAAGGCCGAGGGACAGGCCCACCAGCCCAACUUCACUUUCCGCGUCUCCGUUGGAGAAAUCAGCUGCACCGGCCAAGGGCCCAGCAAGAAGGCAGCCAAGCACAAAGCAGCCGAGGCUGCUCUGAAGAUGCUCAAAGGAGGUCUGGGAGGUCCCGCCGGAGUAGGUGUUGGAGUAGAAGGCUUUAUUGGUGUUGACGUGUCUACCGAUGGAGACAGCCCCCAGUCAGAGAUGAAGACCUCAAGCAGUUCUCAGCAGUCCGAAUGUAACCCUGUGGGGGCUCUGCAGGAACUGGUGGUGCAGAAAGGAUGGCGUUUGCCAGAGUACACGGUCACUCAGGAGUCUGGUCCAGCACAUCGCAAAGAGUUCACCAUGACCUGCAGAGUGGAGAGAUUUGUGGAAAUCGUAUCCAGUUCAUCUGUAGGAAGUGGAACGUCCAAGAAACUAGCCAAAAGAAACGCAGCAGCGAAGAUGCUAUCGCGUAUACACGACGUCCCUGUCGACCUGAGGACCAGCAACGACGCUGACACAGAAGAGGACACGUUCAACAUGCACUUGGGGAGCAGAGUUGAGGCGGGCAAAAGUAAAGGCUUCAGCUGCACGUGGGACUCGCUGCGUAACUCUGCCGGAGAGAAGAUCCUCCAGCUGCGCAGCCACCCUCUGGGCAUGCCCUCUGACUCCAACUUCUGCUCCCUGCUGAACGACCUGUCUGCUGAGCAGCGCUUUGACGUCAGUUACCUCGAUCUAGAGGAGCGCAGUCUUAGCGGCCUGUGCCAGUGUCUCGUGGAGCUCUCCACGCAACCAAUCACAGUGUGCCACGGCUUUGCCCCGGGCAUAGACACCGCUCGAGCCAACGCAGCCCACAAUGCACUGCAGUACCUCAAAAUCAUGGCUGGAGGAAAGUGAUGUCAUCGUCGCCCUCCUCCUCCUCCUCACAGACUCGGAACUCGCAAACUACAAAUUGCCGGCAUGAAUUUCUACUUUGGACGAAGGAGGAACUUUUUCUGAUGAGUUCAAAUACCGUGAAUUACCUCAAAUUUGAAAAUGAAGACUUUUUCUGUCCCCAAGUUACCCCCGGGAGCCCUGAUUCGGUCUCUUUGAUUUCUAAUUGUCGCCAGCGAACAUUUAGUUGCCCAAAAAUGCAUCCAUGUUCCUCUCCUGGACAUUUUGCAUAUUUCAAUUCAGUCCAUUUCAUUUUUUGCUUGUCACCCAUACACAGUGUCGUUUUCCCGAAAUCCAAAGUUUAAAAAAAGUCUGCUUUUGCAGUGAGUGCCCAAAUAACUGGAGAUGAAUUCUGGUGCAACAAAAAAGGAAUUGGGCUAUGGAAUCACCAAUCUCAUGGAUGGACUUAAAAAAAUACAGCCAUGCCACUGAAACAUGGAGGAAGAGACUCUGCUGAAUAAAUAUCAGAGGGUAAUUAUUUUAAAGACUGCCCCUUUUACUCAUGAGCUUUUUUUUUUUUCUUGUAUUUUAAUUCGUGAAAUUCCUGAAACUCAAACUGUCGCUGUGAUGUUCUUAAUGUUUGCCCUUAUGUACUAACCCUCUCAUUUAAAAACUGUGGUUGAAAAUUAACUAUUUGAUCUCUAUCUGACACAAGUUGUGAACCCAUUAGGGUUAAUUUAAAACGAACCCAUUCUUAUCAUGUUACUCUUUGGUAUUUCCUGAAGUUGAAUUGUGGGGGAGGAUCAGUAAACUCAGGUGAUGGGAAAAUAUAUAGGAUAUUGGACAAGGCAUAGGUUGAUGGCUUUCAGAGCAUUUUAGGAACUCUCAACGUGAUCAUCACAAGCUUUUUUAUGUAUGCAAAUAGUGAGGAUGGUUUAACCUACUUAGUGGUAAAGUUCAACACUGAACAACACAAAGUAUAAUUAUCAAAGAAUCACAUUUCCCAUUUUCUCUGUUACCCUCAUUCUAUUUUGCAAUCUUUGCAUUAGAACCUUUGUAACUCCAUCAUGGUAAACCAAAGGUCUUUAAAAGUAAAUCGAGUCCUCUGAUGAAGAAUUGUUCUUGUAAUCAAUGGAACAUUAGAGGGGGACUAAGCGAUUCUAAAGCGAAGCGUGUCUGUAAAAACAGUCACGCUCACGGUCCGCUAGCUGUCGGUUCAAAAAAACCUUUGUAAAUCAAAAACCAAAAAAUGUUGCGGAAAGCUUUUGGCCUAGACUAAGUGCGUCUUUCCCCAAUACUGGUCGUGGCAGUAAAAUCACAACGACAACAACAAGGAUAGGGACAAGCUUUCUCUAAAAUCGCCUACUGCCCCUUUACAAAAAAAACCUGACUUUUGAUUUUCAGUAUCAUAGACCAGACCAUUUACAGCAAUCCCAUUUUCUUCUGUGCAGUGUUAAAGACGGCAGCUAAAGAAUGUUUUCAUGUUUAGUAUUAGGUCAUAAUUUAAACCCGUGAUUAUUUUCCUUUCCUUUUUUUUUUUUUGUUUUUACUGUCAGUGUGACUGAUUCCCAUCAUGACAUUUACCUGUGUCUGGGUGUAAGCUCUCAUUGCCACCUCUGCUACUGUAGUUGCUAAUCUGUCGAUAUGUACUGCCUCGCACUCUGCUGAAUUACGUAUUGAAAGGAGUAAACAGUUUGCACUACUUGAAGACGGACUGUCCUUCGCACAGAUGCAGACUGACCUUGUUCACGUACAGUGGGCCUGAAGGCACACUGACCUCAUGUUGUCUGAGGCGGCAGAUCUGCAUAUUGUAUUUUCUGACAACAGAAAUAAUAAGGAAAUCAACUGCUGGUUUUAGAGAAUUUUAAGCGCUGACACCGCUGGUAUUAAUGUCGACAUUAUUAAAAUUUGUGAUAGACAUUUUGUCAUAGUAAAUAAAGGUGCCCAGUUUAACAAACAAAAAAUGAACUCAAGUUUUAGCUCCAUCAUGUGAAAUUGACUUUGUUUCCAAUAAAACAUUUUCUGUAAA